UACCUUAUUUCUUUUCUCUUACAAUUCGCUCCCCCGAAACUCUCUCUUUUCUUUUUUUCCUUCUCUUUUCCUAGUUCUCGGCCGAUCAACUUUGUCGUAAUUUCUCUCCGAUUUUCUUUCCCUGCGAACACUCUCUGAUUUCCUCCUGCUGAAUCUACAUCCUCCGAUCGCCGGAGAUUUUCCCUGCCUCCGUGCCGAUCUCUUUUUCCGCUCUCCACUGUGGCUUUCAGUGAGUUACCGAGUUCAGCUUUUUUGUGUGCAUAAAUGCCAGUUGCAAAGCUCAAGGCCUCAAGCAAUACAGAUGUGAUGAAAGCAGAGGAGGGAAAUGAUUCCCUAGACACCUUUAUUAGGCAAGCAAUUGGGAAAGAGCCCUUUCUGUCAUUCUCAAGGGCUGGGGAUAGCCCGGUACAAUGGAUCCAAUUACUCCACGCUUUAGAUCAGCAAGAUCUCCCAGGUUGGCCUUUGCUCACUCCUUUGAAGGUGCAGAUGCAAAAGUGUGAAAAGUGUUCCCGAGAGUUCUGUUCAUCCAUUAACUAUCGAAGACACAUACGUGUGCACCACCGAUUGAAAAAGCUUGACAAGGACUCUUCCAAAAAUAGGGAUCUAUUGGGAACCUUUUGGGAUAAGCUUUCUGAGGAUGAGGCAAAGGAAAUUUUGUCAUUCAAGGAUGUUUUGCUAGAGGAAGUUCCAGGCUCUUCUAUUAUAAAGUCAUUGAUGGCUCUUAUUCGGAAACCUGGAUUUUCUUCCCUUCCACAAUAUUGUCUGAGGGCUGGUUCUGCACUUUUGGAUAUUAUCCAAGCUAGGCCUUCCAGGUUUCCUUUGUCUUCUGAGGAACUAUUCAGCAUCCUUGAUGAUGCAAGUGAAAAAACAUUCCUGUGUGGAACAGCUGUGUCAAUGCAAAAAUAUAUUUUUGAUGGGGAAGCUGGGAAGAUUGGUCUUGAAACAAAAAAUUUAGUGGCUUGCACCAGCUUCCUGGUCGAACAGCAAUUGGUUAAAGCAUGGCUUGCUGACAAGGAUGCUGAAGCUCUAAGAUGUCAAAAGUUGCUUGUGGAGGAGGAAGAAGCUGCUCAGAGAAGGCAAGCUGAGCUCUUGGAGCGGAAGAGGCAGAAAAAGCUCAGGCAGAAAGAACAGAAGGCUAAGGAGCAAAGGCAAGGGGAGCAGGAAGAUCUUAAGGAGCGGAUUGAUGACAUACUGGAGGCUGUACCUUCAGCUGAAAUGUCCUGUCCUUUGAAUGAAUGUGAUUCUACUGUACAUGGUCUGGAGUCACUGCCAGAUCAUGUUCCCUUGUUGCUUGAGCCCUUCCAACUUCCAAACACAGAUGAAGGUGUGGAUUUGGAAAUUCAGACAGUGUCUGGCACCGGUUAUAGUGACCCUGGCAUUAGUCAUAAUAGUGAACAACGAAUGGUACAAAGAAAUAGUCGUAGGCACAUAGUUGCCCGGUGGAACUUGUCUCCAAAAUCACAAUGGAAUCAUGUACCAAAUGGUUUUCAUGCAAGUCAGAAUUCUCAAGCACCAAAACUUGGCAAUGUGCAGAGGCAUGGAAAUCACAGGGACUCUAAACUGGUGCCUUUAAUCAAUGGCAACAGAAAAUGGAGCCGGAAACUUAAAGCAGAUUAUGGUGGGGACAGUUUGAAAACUAGAGUACAGAAAGAAGCAAUAAACCAACCAGAUCAGAAUAAGAAACAUGAAGUUCUAAUAGGUUCUAUAUCUGUUACGCUUGGAAACUGCAGCCAACAGGAGGAUAAAAUUUUUGAUGGAGCCAGAGAAGAUUCUCUUUCAGAUCAUCAAAUGCCAAAGAAAAACAAUGUUCAGGACAAGCAGAAUAGACUUGAUUCUGCUCAAUGCAGCACAAAUCGGUCAACAAUAAAGCUUUGGAGGCCUGUAAGUAGAAAUGGAAUGAAAGGUCCAGUAGUCGUUGAAAAUGACAUUAGAGAAUCUCAAGUUGAUGAGCUUGCUGAAAAGGUUGACGACCAUACUGAAUCCAGUGUAAACUAUCUAAGUUCGUCCUCUGUGGAUGAUAAUUAUGGUGGAACAGAGAAUGGUUUUCCACUUCCACAUGGGAAUGUGCAUGCAGUAGGCUGGCAGUUUUCAUGUGAUGCAGCAAAAGCAUUUCUUGCCGAGAGGUGGAAGGAGGCCAUUGCAGCUGAACAUGUCAAAUUGGUUCUGUCUUCAGACUUAAAAUCUUCAGAAGGUAUAGAGAUUCAGAACGACUGUCUGGUCAGUGUAGCUCAGUCAUCAGAUACUAAAAAGUCUGGGUUCCUUGGCAAUCCGGAGAAUCAGUUAGUUGACGUAGUGGUCCAUGAGUCUUCAACUGCUGGAGCCGGGAAAGCCAAGUUCAGAACAAAGCCCGAGAAAGGUGUUAAAUUAAAGUAUAUGCCCAAGCAGAAAACUAUCACCUAAUAAAGUUGGAGAAGGGGGAUUUUUUUUUUUUUUUUUUUUCCUUUUGUUAUACAGAUUUGCACAGCUUAAUCGCCAUUACAUUCUUAGCAGAGGUUCCAGUUUUACCGAAGGUCUUCUGUCCGAAAAUCGAAGGAAGGUUUUUUUCUCUGGAAAGUCUUCUUAUGUCAGAAAAUUACUUUAGUUGUCAUAGUAGAUUUGGUUAGCGCAUCACUUCCGGCUUAAUGGUCAAAAAAUUUUCUGUAAUAAAUAUGGUUUUCUAGGCAUUGCAAAGUUCCUCUUUGCAAAAAUUUUCCCGUUAACCUAUUUAGCGGAAGAAUGGAGUUUGCCUAUGCGGGCUCUUAUUCCGUUAUUAUUAUUGUUACUGUUCUUUAAUUUUAUAUGGGUUGGUUAUUCUUUCAUUUAG